GUUAAAUGAACCUUCUGAGGUGCCUGAUGAUGACCAAUUUGUGGAUGAUUUAGGAAGCAUUGAACCAAGUAUAUUGGAGGAACUCGUUAAUAAUGCAAAACAACCGGGAGUAUGGAAAAUGAAAGGACAGAAACAGAUUUAUAUGGGCUUUGCCCAAUCAACCCUUCGCAAUAAAAGAGCGGCCUUAAGAAAGCUGCAUCGGGCUCUAACAAGAUUACAGAUUGGAUUUUUUAUGACCUCUCAAAUAGCG